AAUCCAGUGCGUUUGCAUCCACAUCGCCGCCAGCACAGUUACAACGAAUAGUAAUUAUCUAAAAAAAAAAAAUAAAAAUAAAGAACGUCAAGAAUUUCUUACAAAAAAAAACCAAAAAACUUCAGCAUGAAAGCUAUAAGUCCAGUGAGGUCUUUGAGGAAAAACGGCGUGACGGAGCAAAGCCUCGGAGUGUCUCGGAGCAAGACCCCCGCGGACGAUCCUCUCAGUUUGCUGUACAACAUGAACGACUGCUACUCCAAGCUGAAAGAGCUCGUGCCCAGCAUCCCGCAGAACAAGCACGUGAGCAAAAUGGAGAUCUUGCAGCAUGUCAUCGAUUACAUCCUGGAUCUGCAGAUCGCUCUCGACUCCCAUUCCGCGAUCAGCACUCUCCAUCACCCCCGUUCCGCCCAGGGUUCAUCCAGAACACCUCUCACCACCAUCAACACAGAUAUCAGGAUCCUGUCCUUACAGACGCCGGAGUUUCAGUCAGACUUGAUCACAGAGGACAGUCGGACACUUUACCGUUAACAAGGUGUUUGCUUAAGACGUGAACACACAGGACUUUGGGAACCGACCUUUUCUCCCCCCAGCUCUCCAUUUCUGUUCUCGCCUGGAUCUUUUUAUUACUCCUCCUGAACGAAGAGGACAAUGUAUGUGAUGUGUUUCUCAGUUCGGACAUUGAUUUUAUUUAUCUAAAGACUCAUUUAGUCUUUUGUUUUUGGGUUUUUCCCCCCCUUUAAAGACGAAGAAGCACUAUAUUCCCUACAAUGGGAGGGGGAAAACAACAGGAAUGGAAGAAGAAAUCUCACCUUCUCUUAAACGAGAGAUUGGGGCUGUUUUGGUGAAGACGGUGUGAAUAGAAGCCUGUGUGCUUCAGUUACUGUACAAAGUUUUGUCUGUUUUUCUUUCUCCCCGUCAUUCUUUGGGCACGUGAAGGACUGGACGGCCAAUCUGACAUGAGCGUGAAACCUCGUGGACUCUUGAGUUAUAUAUCCUGUAUAGUUGCAGACGCUGGAAUUACCACGCUGCAAAGUGUCAUGCUGUAUUUAAUUAUGCUGAAACUUUUUAUAAAAGUAAUUGUAAAUCGUACCUUUUUUAUAUAAAAAAAUAAAUCAAAUGCUUUAUUUGAA